UGUCUGACUAAGCGAUUUCGCAAUAAAACAACGAGAGAGCACACCGCUCGUUGGCUCUCUCCGCUCGACAACAAAUACUCAGUUGAACUUGUAUUGAAGUAGACUCAUGGGUUCAAGUUUCGUGGCCUUGGCCUUGCUCGGCCUUUUCCCAAUUGUACUCGGAGAAUGGCCCAACACGUCUCCUGCACCACUGCCGUGGACCACAACUGAGCAAACGGGGAAGUCAUCAAUUUCUGGAAUGUGGGUCACUUGUCACACCUCAUUGGAAAACUGUCUGGAAGCAUGUUACAUGAGUUGUUACAUUACGGAUCUGUGCAAUGACCAACCUGAUAUGGCCGCUUGUGCUCCUGGUUUACCACAGAUGGUGAUUCUCACUCUUCUCUUCGUUGUUUUUCUGACAACCUGCUGCGGCGUGCUCUGCUUCUUUGCUCCAUGCUGUUGCUGUGCCAUCAUGUACAAAGGAUACCGAGCUCGCCGAGCUGGUAGAAGACCGCGCAACGAAACUGACAAUAUUGCCUACCCAUCCGCUCCUCCACUGCUGGCAAAAGUUUGAAAAGCAUCUGAACUUGAGUAAUUGCUAGUAAUAUUAUUUCACAUUAAUUUGGCAUAACUCUUCCCACAACUUUGUGUUUUUUCUGGUGUUCUUCCAGUACAACUUACAUCAUAAUCAUGAUUUCAGUUGUAAAGCUCAAUUUUUACCACCAAACACGCCCCCGUCCCCCAAUCUCUCAGUUUUAUUUUUUGCCGUCUUACGGGUGAAUCCCGCCAUUGUAUCGAUUCCAACUUUGUUUCAUAAUAGAAGAUUAGCAAAAAUGAAACAUUUUUUUGAAG